UCAAAAAAGUCAGCGCCAUUCAUCAUAACUUUCCAUAUUUUUUCGAUCUGAUCUCCACGCUAAGAAGCGGGUUUUGAUGGGUGAGUGUAUUGGGUUUGAAGACAACUGGGGCCUGCAAGCCAUAGUUCAGCCUCCAUUAAUGGCCUCCGAGUUCUCUUGCCACGACCUGUUCGAUUUCUCCCAGGAAAAUGUUCUCAACUUCGAUGGUUUUGUCGGGUCCGCCAACGACGCCUUGUUGGAGGAGCUUUACAAGCCGUUUUACCAGCCUGCACCGUCCAUUUCUUUCGCCGGAGAAGUGAAACAAGCUGAAGGCGCUGUUCAUCAGAUACUGCAGCAAGACGGGGAUGUUAAGAAGGGUGGUUUAGAUAAAUCUUCGCCGGUUUUGGAGACGCCUAAUUAUGUGCCCAAGUUCAAAAGAAGGAAAAAUGAGCAUAAAAGAGUGGUGGUUCAAGUUCCAGCUGAAGAACUGUGUGAGGAUAAGUGGGCAUGGCGAAAAUAUGGGCAGAAACCCAUUAAAGGCUCUCCCUAUCCCAGGAGCUAUUAUAGGUGCAGUAGCUCGAAGGGGUGUUUGGCGAGGAAGCAAGUAGAGCAAAGCAACACAGCGGCGGGGAUGUUCAUAGUAACAUACACGGCGGAGCACAGCCACAGCCAGCCGACGCGGCGGAACUCCCUGGCCGGGACUAUCAGAAACAAGUUCCCACCAAGUACGGCCUCAAAAGCCGUGAUAGCUGCCGAGUAUUCAUCAACUGCUCAUCAUGUUCCGGAAUUGGUGGCGGCCCCCACCGCCAACAAUUGGAGGGCGAGCAGUGAGGAGGAAACGAAGAUCAAAGACGAGGAUGAUGAAGAGUUGGAGAUGGGGGAGAAGAUUUCUUUGAGUGAUCAGAUUCAGAGCGGUAUGCCACAGGUGGCGAUGGAUAACAAUGAAGAUUUCUUUGCAGGUUUAGAGGAUCUGGAUGGCCUAAUUUCUCACUUUUCUUAUUCUUCACAAUACUUUCCCUCAAUGUUUUCUAGCUAGCAUACAUUACACAGGCUAGCUAGCUAGCUGUUGGAGAAAAAAUUAAAGAUAUAUCCAUUCAGUUUUGUAUAUACUAAAUAGUGUCACAUGAAUGAUAUGAUGAAGUUGCAAUAAAGUCAUAACACCCACUUACUUCAGAUCACGCAGCGGUCAUCCUACCUAAUAAGUCGUUGAAUCACUCACGAUGAAUAUUUUCUCUAUUAUCAAGUCAAGUCGGAGUAUAGGACCUUGAGAACGGAAGAAUUUCACUUUUUUGGGGCAAGAGAUAGGCAUAUUAUUAAUUUGAUGCUUCCAAUGUGUACGGAAGUUAUGGAUUUUGAAGGGAAGAGUAAAAACAUUGAUACCUUUUACAUUAUUAUUCUUCUUCUUCUAUGUUUUAUUAUUAUUAUUAUUUUGUUAUUAAAGAAAAGAAUUUAAUUUGUGA